AUUCUCGCACCUCCUCCGAAGAACUCUCAAUCCCUUAAAAAAUUCUACUAUUCUCAAGUCAAAUGCCCCAUAGAAUAGAAAAAGAACAAGCCUACCACAAUACUCUACCCAUUAUCUAGUUCAUAAGGAUCUUAAUCAUCAAGUGAUAGCCCUAUUGUGCAUCAGAGUGAUCCAAACAAGCUAAAACACUGACACCAAAGGGAACAAGUGAACUAGUAGCUCCACGUUAGAGGAUCUAGAUCCUUUUCCUACCAUUAUAGUAUAUAUGGGAAUAUAGGAGCUCAUUAGUCUUAUGUCAUUUAUUGUAAUUUUACUAUUUUUAGUUCGGGGCUUCCAUGUAUGUCUGUAUAUGUUGAACUCUAAUUUGUGGAAUGCAUGCUAAAAUAGUUAAAGUCCUUCCCUGGUCCAUGCCUUUUAGAAACCUUACUAUUUUGUCCUUUUGAAGUUGCGUUUUUUCUCUCAAUAGCUGUAAACUUAGAAGCGACUGUUUACAAGUUGGUUUGAUUUGUGGUUUGAUCCUUGUAGUUUCGGCCUUAUUGGAUUUCUUACCUCGUCUGCUUAUUGGACGUCUAUCGGCUUGUGCUCUCUAGUUUCGGUUUCCGUUUUGGAGCUGGUUUGUUAGGUUUUAAGUGUUUGUUUUUUGAUGUCUUCUCCUCUUUGUGUCUCAAUUGUAUUUCUUCUCCUUUCCUUUUUUCGCGGUUUCUCAUUCCUUUUGAAGGUUAUUGUUUCCUUGAGCAUUAGUCUAUUUUCAUUUUAUCAAUGAAAAGUUAUGUUUCCUUUUAAUAAAAGAAGCCUUAACAUGGAUAUAUGAUCCAAAAUAAGUUAGAAAUUGGGUGUUAUCCCCACUUGGUUGUAGAUUGUGUUAUCCCCACUUGGUUGUCGGAGUCCAUCAAGAAACCGAACUAUUUAUUGGUUUUCACUCUCGGCAAGGUUGUUUCUUGCACUCAACCUUUGGAACUCUUUUGUAUACUCUUCAAUGCUUCUUGACCCCUGUUUGCAAUAUUGGAAUUGGCUAUACAACAAUCUUUCAUGGUUAAGUGGAAGAAAUCUCUUCUUCAUGAGUUUAAGCAUUUUUGGCCAGCUUUGAAUUGGAGGUUUUCCAUACAUUUUCCUAUUUGCUUGGAGUUGAUUCCACCAUGCGGAUGCUCCACUUUUUAGUUUAAAGGACACAAGUUUUACCUUUCGAUCCUCGGGGGUGCCCAUGUAGUCAUAAAAACUUUCUACCUCCUUCAUCCAAUCGAAAGAACUUCAAUAUUCAUUCGUCCAUUAUAAGUAGGGAGGUCAAUUUUCAUUUUGUAUUUAGAAUCUUGUCUCCACAGAGGUCCUCUUUGCAUUCCCCUAUACUCGGGCCAAUAUUGUUCUAAAUCUUGAUCAUUCUCUUGAACCCCAAAAACAUAAAAAAAUAAAUGCUCUCUCCUCUCUCCUCUCUCCCCUUUCACCUCUCCUCUUCCCUCCCUCCGGCACCCUAUUCUAACCUAACUCCCCGCCCUCUUUCCAUCUCCGACCAAGCUUUGCCUAUUCCCCCCAACCUCAACCCUCACCUCCAACCCUCGGCUCAUCUAUCUCUCAUGGCCCAUCUAUCGACCCUCCCCUCCAAGCCUAACUUAGCCGUCGAAGUUAUCAACUGUAAAAUUAAGGACAGCCACUUCUGUACCCUCAUCCAAGCUGGUUCAGUAAUCAUAGAAGAUGUGGAAGCCAAAAAGCAAAUUUUCUUGUCAAAAUCACAGCUACUUUGGUUUGUGGAGAACAUCUCGACCCUUUCGAAACUUCCAACAUCUAGCUUCUUUGUCAAAAGCGGGCAAGACGCUUCUGGUGUAACCAAGAUUUCUAAAAUCAGAAGCUACUCAAACUGGUUUUUAAGAUGUGUAGUGUGGCCUGCAGUUAGAGGACGAUUAUUCUUCACGUUCCAUCAGGAACUCUUAAUUCAGGUUGGUAUUCCUUCCUUACCUUGUUAAAUUAUGCUUUAUCCCUCUUUGAAGUUGAACAGAUGACAAAAAACCUUCACUCAGUCCCAAUCUCCUAUGCAGACAUAGUAAGGGGAAGAAUGAUUAAGUCUGUUUUUCCAGAAAAACAGAGUCCCCUGCCCCCUCAGAACACCAAAAAAACAGAACAAAUCUAAUUUUUGGGUUCAAAAUCAUCAGGAUGCCCUCAAAGAAGAUUUCAGCAAACUGUGGAUAGUCAGCUGUUUUUGUGAAUUCAAUGAAUGGAAGGAAGUCUCAGAGGUACUAAGACAGUGGUCUAAGUCUAAAAUUCUCAUCAAUCCUCUUUCAGCUGAAUCAGCCCUAUUAAAGCUGGAAAAGGGGAAUUUGGAAGACUUGAUUGAACAUCUAGGUGUGUGGCAAAGAAUAGGACAUCUUCACCUCAAGAUUGAAAGGUGGAACACCAAAUUACACAGCCGGCCAAGGGUAGUUAAAGGAUAUGGAGGUUGGAUUUCAAUUAAAAAUCUACCAUUAGAAUUUUGGUGCAAGCAAAUAUUUGAAGCAAUUGGUGCUUAUUUUGGUGGAUUAGAAGCAAUUGCCAUAGAAACUUUAAACCUCUUAAAUGUGGCAGAAGCUAGAAUUCAAGUUAAGGAAAAUUUAUGUGGGUUUAUACCAGCAACUCUAGAAAUUUCAGAUGAAAACAGGGGAAGCAUCUUCCUUCAUUUUGGUGAUAUUGAAUUUUUAAACCCUCCUAAGAAGGCCAAGAGGCUUUUUAAUGUAAAGAAUCUCUCAAAUCCGGUAGACAAGGCUAGAUUUAAUCAAGUAUUGAUAGAUGAAGGAUUAUGUGAUUCAAAUGAGGGUGAGCAAUGGUCCUUCCUCAAGACAGCAGUCAAUCACUUGAACUUUUCUAGAAAUCCCCUAUUUUCAAAGGGAAUUUUGUCCCAAACGGCGAUGAAAGAUGUUAAACAAUCGGAAAAGGAGAGUCAAGAACCUUCCCCAUUAAAAAAGUUGACUCCGGUGACUUUUUAGAUAGAUGGAGGAGUAGUCAGCCCGUCAGAAGCUAUUAUUGGUGAAGUUCAAUCUGGAUCUUCCCCUAACCGUCGGUUUAGUGUGAACAACAAGAAAGAGAAAGAAGUGGAGUCAUUAAGAGGAGAGAAGGAGUAUCAUUUAUUGAAGAGAGAAGCUAUAGUAAAUCCAACUCAUUCCAAAGGAAGUCCAACGGUUUCUACACUACCAAUGGCCCCUUUAAUCCCUUCUCUCGAAAUACCAACGGCCUCCGAUUCAAAUUUAUCCUUUGAGGAAGUCCAACAGUCUAUUUCAUUAAACCAAGGAGAUUUUUUAUUAAUGGACAAACAAAAAGCCCAUCUGAAGGAUGCAGCCCCUCCGUGUGAUGAUUUUUUGGUUUCCAAGCUGUCAGUUGAUCUUCCAGCCCAUACAGAAGGCCAAUCGUCACGUUCUGCCUUUCCCUUUCACACCUACAAAUCAUUGAGAAAAGAUUCAUUAGGUGGCUUUUCCUCUCCUCCUACCUUACCUGGAAUUAACCUAAAAAAUACAAGCAAGGUUUCCAUCUUAAAACCUUUUCGAAAACACUUCAUAAGAAAGAAAAUUUCCUUCCAAAAUGGCUGGACUUCCCUGUUGAAUGUAGACAUUUUAGAAAGCUGUUGCAUCAAGGUUCAAUUACCUUCCGACUCCUCUUCCAGGUCAGUAUCUCAUCCCUGCUCCUUCUCCUUCCAAGAUUUCAAAGUCCUAGACUCACAAGUAGCCUUUAUAAGAGGCUUAUCCAACCCCCCAACGGAAUUUUCCAAAGGCUAUGACUCAGAUGAAGACUCCCUUCUCAACAUUAGCAGUGAGGAGAAUGGCAGCCUAGUCCAUGACUUCCUCCAAGAAGAAGAGUACCUUGAUUAUGAGCAGCAACAAGACUUGCACUGUUUGUUCCAACCUGAAGAAAAUCUCAACACAGUUAGUUUCAUCCAUUCUUGCAUUAAGCCCAUUGAAAAAGAAGAUAUUCCAAGCAACCUGAUUACAUUGAUAGAGGAUAGUGGAUUGAUUUUGGGUUAAUUACAAGAACUCAAUAUGAAAAUCAUUUAUUGGAAUACUAGAGGUUUGAAUGAUGCCUCCAAAAGAUUGGCAGUAAGAAGAAAUGUCAGAAAAGUCAAUCCGGACUUGUUCAUGAUCCAAGAAACCAAGAAAAAGUCUUUUGACAGCAGAUUCAUAAAAGAAAUUUGGAGUUCCAAAGAUAUAGGGUAGGAGUAUGUGGAAGCACAAGGUCAUUCAGGAGGCUUGUUAACCAUGUGGGACGAAAGUAAGAUCACUGUGACAGAAGUUCUUAAGGGAGGCUACCUUUUAUCAAUUAAAUGCACUUCAUUAUGCAAGAAGACAGUUUGGGUCACAAAUGUUUAUGGCCCUUCGGAUUACAAAGAAAGAAAGCACAUUUGGCCGGAAUUAUAUUCACUUUCAGGGUAUUGUUGUGGGUCUUGGUGCAUUGGAGGAGAUUUCAAUAUCACUAGAAGGAUUCAAAAAAGAAAUCCAACAGGGAGAUUAACAAAAGGGAUGAAGAAGUUUAAUAAAUUUAUUGAUUCAACAAAAUUAUUGGAAAUCUCCCUUGGAAAUGGCCAAUUUACUUGGUCAAGAGAUGGUCCUCCAGCUUCUUCACUUCUUGAUAGAUUUCUGGUAUCAAAUACUUGGGAUGAUAUCUUUGCAAAUACUAGAGUAGUAAGAAUGGCAAGAACAUGUUCAGACUAUUUUCCAAUCCUUCUUGAAGCCGGUUCUUUUGAAUGGGAGCCAUCUCCCUUCUGAUUUUGUAAUAGUUGGUUAUCCAUAGUAGAAAGCUGUAAAAUUGUUAAAGACACUUUGUCAGUGGAUGAUCAGUGAGGUUGGGCUGGAUUUGUCAUCUCUAUAAAGUUAAGAAAAGUUAAAACAACCCUUAAAGCUUGGCAUGUAGAGUUUGAGAAAGCAAGAAAAUCAAAUGAGGAAGUGCUAUUAAGAAAAUUAGAGGAAAUUGAUCAACAAGUAGAAGCUUAUGGCUUAAUAGAUUCAAACAGAAGUUUGAGAAAUGUGUUGAUGGCUGAACUUUUUUCCCAUUAUAGAAUAGAUGAAAGAAAUCUAAAACAAAAAAGCAAGCUGAAUUGGCUAAGUUUAGGGGAUGAAAAUACAAAAUUUUUUCAUAGAUUUCUGGAUGAAAAAAAAGAAGGAAUCUGAUUUAUGAGCUCAUAAAUGAUCAAGGAGUAGCAGCCAAUUCUUUCAAAGAGAUUGAAGACCUCAUCUUAGAUUUCUACUCCACUUUAUAUACCAAAUUUCCAGGUCAAAGAACAGUGCCACUCAACCUGAAAUGGUCCAAAGUUUCCACUGCUGAUAAUGGAAAGUUGACAACAAGGUUCUCUUUAGUAGAGAUCAAAUUUUCCCUAAAUCCGUUAGGUAAAAACAAGGCCCCUGGACCGGAUGGUUUUACAGCUGAAUUCCUUCUCAAAUUUUGGGAUUUCUUCAAGGAUAAAUAUCUAGAUCUUUUUGAAGACUUCUACAAUAAUGGAAAGUUAAAUUCAUGCAUAAAAGAAAACUUCAUCAGCCUUAUCCAGAAGAAAAAGGAUGCUACUCGGGUACGUGAUUUCAGGCCAAUAAGCCUAACCACUUUGUCUUACAAAUUAAUAGCUAAAGUGUUAGCGGAAAGGCUGAAAAAAGUAAUGCCAUGUAUAAUAGAGGCUUCUCAAAAUGCUUUUAUCGAAGGAAGACAAAUUUUAGACCCCAUUCUUAUUGCAAAUGAAGUGGUUGAAGACUACCAUUCCAAGGGAAAAAAAGGGUGGAUUCUAAAACUUGAUUUAGAAAAGGCCUUCGCAGGGUGGGUUGGGAGUUUCUUCAAAAAAAUUCUGGUUGAGAAGAAUUUUGACUCAAGAUGGAUUAUGUGGAUGAUGGGCUGUAUUUCUAACACAAAAUUUUCAAUCUUCAUAAAUGGAAGACCUCGUGGCAGAAUUCAAGCUUCAAGAGGAAUAAGGAUGACUAUGGAACCUGGGAAGAUGACAUGGCUGAUGAAGUUUCUUCUAAGGAGGCUUCUCAAGCAAGGUCCUAUGAUGUUAUUGCGGAAGAGUAUUAUGCUGCACGGUUGGAAGCUGCAAAAGCGAAGGAAGAAGGGGACAAGAAAAGACAAGAGACUGCAGGCAACAUCAUUCGCAAGCUUAAGCAGGAGUUGUUUGCUCAAGGGAGACCCACUAAAGAUUCCCAAGGCUGUUCUUCAUCAAUUAUGUCAGAGAGAAGGAUGGGAUGCACCAAAAUUUAAUAAAAUUCACAGAAAAGAAAACAGAUUUUUCUAUGCUGUCAAUGUGUUGCGUAAAGCAAGUGGGAGAGGUAAAAACCGAAAAGCUGGAGGUCUUAUCACUCUUCAGUUUCCCAAUGAGGAUGAAAUUUUUGAAUCUGCAGAGGAUGCCCAGAAUAAGGUGGCAGCUUUUGCUCUUUGUCACUUGUUUCCUGAUCUUCCUGUUCAUCUUGCACUUGUUGAGCCUUAUGCCUCUCUUGUUAUGCAGUGGAAGGCAGGGGAAUCAAUUAGCAAAGUUGAUGAUGAAGAGAAGGAUCGAAGGGCUAGUUUUGUUGAUUCUUUGCUUGAUGCUUCCAAUUUUGGUUCUGCUUCUAAAACUCUUGUUGGGAAGGUUGAACAGCUCAAUAUUGAGGAUGAUAAGAAGCAACCUGUUCUUGAUCUUAAUUCACAUUCAUUCAUGGAAAGAUUAAACCAUAACCCACAAAACGAGAGUUCUCAUUUGAGACGGGAACAUGAGAAUAAAAUGAAAACUAAAAAAUAUCAGGAGAUGUUGAAAAACAGGAAUGCGCUUCCCAUUGCUUCAUUAAGAGGUGAUAUAUUGCGUCUGCUGAAGGAGAAUAAUGUUCUUGUUGUUUGCGGGGAUACAGGUUCUGGAAAGACAACUCAGGUUCCACAAUUUAUAUUGGAUGAGAUGAUUGAAUCGGGAUGUGGUGGACAGUGCAACAUAGUAUGCACACAACCAAGAAGAAUAGCGGCUAUUUCGGUUGCGGAAAGAGUUUCUGAUGAACGUUGCGAGCCUGCCCCGGGUUCAAAUGGCUCUUUGAUUGGUUAUCAUGUUCGUUUAGAUAGUGCAAGGAAUGAAAAUACAAAACUACUAUUCUGUACGACGGGGAUUCUUCUAAGACAAAUUGUGGGAGAUGAAACUUUAACUGGUGUCACUCAUAUUAUCGUUGAUGAAGUACAUGAACGGUCUCUGCUGGGCGAUUUUCUCUUAGUUGUUUUGAAGAAUCUGAUUAAGAAACGUUCUGUUGAAAGUUCAUCUCCCCUGAAGGUUAUUCUUAUGUCUGCGACAGUAGAUUCAAACCUUUUCUCGGGGUACUUUGGUAACUGCCCUGUAAUCACUGCAGAGGGUAGGACGCAUCCUGUGACCACAUACUUUCUUGAAGAUAUAUAUGAAAGUACUGGGUACCACCUUGCUUCAGACUCCCCUGCUGCCAUAAGAUAUGAAGUAUCAAGCGGCAAAAAGAGCGCUCCAGUCAAUUCUCGAAGAGGAAAGAAAAACCUCAUAUUAUCUGGAUGGGGUGAUGAUGCUUUGCUUUCUGAAGCCUGUACAAAUCCUCACUACAAUUCAGAUUGUUAUCAAUCAUACAGUGAGUUAACACACAAAAAUCUGGAAAGAUUAAACGAACAUGUUAUUGAUUAUGAUCUUCUUGAAGAUUUAGUGAUUCAUGUGGAUAAAGCUUUUGAUGAGGGAGCCAUACUCGUUUUCCUGCCAGGAGUGUCAGAAAUUCACUUGUUGUAUGAUAGGUUAGCUGCUUCAUACCAAUUUGGUGGACAGGCUUCUGAUUGGAUUCUUCCUUUGCAUUCAUCCAUCGCAUCUACUGAUCAGAAAAAGGUGUUUUUACGGCCUCCUUAUGGCAUCCGCAAGGUUAUAAUAGCCACGAAUAUUGCAGAGACCAGUAUUACGAUUGAUGAUGUGGUUUAUGUGAUAGACAGUGGAAGGCAUAAAGAAAACCGUUACAAUCCUCAGAAGAAAUUAUCAAGCAUGGUUGAGGAUUGGAUUUCUCAAGCAAAUGCUAGGCAGCGGCGAGGAAGAGCUGGACGUGUGAGACCUGGUACUUGCUUUUGUUUGUACACACGUCACAGAUAUGAAAACCUCAUGCGCCCUUUUCAGGUCCCUGAGAUGCAUCGGAUGCCCUUAGUGGAGUUAUGUUUACAGAUUAAAUUACUUUCUCUAGGUUAUAUAAGGCCGUUUUUAUCAAAGGCUUUGGAACCUCCUAGAGAAGAGGCUAUGGCAUCAGCAAUAUCAUCAUUAUAUGAGGUGGGGGCUCUUGAAGGCAAUGAAGAAUUGACUCCUCUUGGACAACAUUUAGCAAAAUUACCUGUUGACGUAUUGAUUGGGAAGAUGAUGCUAUAUGGUGGAAUUUUUGGUUGCUUGUCUUCCAUCCUCUCAAUUUCAGCAUUUCUGAGCUACAAAUCUCCAUUUGUUUAUCCAAAAGAUGAGAAGCAGAAUGUUGAACGAGCUAAAUUGGCUCUUUUGACUGAUGAUGGACAUGGUUUGGGUGAGUCAUGUGGCAAUGACAAGCAAUCUGACCACCUGAUUAUGGUGACUGCAUACAAGAAAUGGGAAAAAAUUUUGCAUCAGAAAGGAGCUAGGGCUGCACAGCAGUUCUGCAGAUCAUAUUUCUUGAGCAGUUCGGUGAUGUACAUGAUAAGGGACAUGAGGGUACAGUUUGGGACAUUGUUAGCAGACACCGGGCUUGUGGAUCUUCCUAAAAAAUCUUGUUUUGAUAGAAUAAGGAAGGAGGACCUUGAUGGCUGGUUUUCAGAUUCAUCCCAACCGUUCAAUGUAAAUUCAGAUCAUCCGUCAAUUGUAAAGGCAGUAUUAUGUGCAGGACUAUAUCCCAAUAUAGCUGCUGGUGAGGAAGGAAUUAGUGAAGCAGCUCUUAGUAGCCUUGGGCGAUCCUCUGGUCCUGCUACCACAGCUCGUCCGGUGUUGUAUGAUGGUAGAAGAGAAGUAUAUAUACACCCUUCUUCUGUCAACAGUAAUCUAAAAGCAUUUCAGUAUCCCUUCCAUGCUUUCCUUGAAAAGGUAGAAACCAAUAAAGUCUUUAUCCGAGAUACCUCUGUUGUUUCUCCCUACUCCAUCUUAUUAUUUGGUGGGUCCAUUAAUAUUCAGCAUCAGAGUGGAAUCGUCAUUAUAGACGGAUGGUUGAAAUUGACUGCCCCGGCGCAAAUUGCUGUACUCUUUAAAGAACUUAGAUUGACUCUCCAUUCUAUUCUGAAGGAACUAAUUAAAAAACCAGAGACUAAUAUUAUUAUCAAGAACGAGGUUCUGAAGUCUAUAGUUCGUUUGUUGUUAGAAGAAGACAAGUCCCUUACAUAGCGCAGUCAUGGUAAAGAGUAAUUCGGAUGAUGAUAACUGAACAGAGAUGAAUGGUUCCAUGCUGAAAUGGACUUUCUCCCUUCAAAUUUUGCUGUUCAAAUCUAAUGGAUGGCUUGAUGAGGAAGAUGAGAAACCACACUUAUUUAUAGGGUUGGUCAUCAUUUGCUUUCCAUUGGGUACCCUUAUUUAUUAUGUUGGCUAAGAAAUUUAUUGGAAGUUAAAAUAGUAAUACAUAAUAAUAAUUGGAAAUGUUGUCUAGUGAGAAGCAAGUAAGACAAGCAUCGGCCCUAUGCCUCUACCAAAUAUUCUAGGGUGUUUAGGAGGACUGUAUGAAAAAAAUGUAAAAUAAUAUAUCAUUUUCUCAAAUGCUGACUGUUUAUGGGUUAAAUUACUAUAAGUAUUAUUAUCUA